CGCCCAGUGCCGCGCGUGGGGUGAACUAGAAAAGCACAGAAGUCUGCAGGGGAAAAGCUAGCUUGGGCCACUGCGCAGGGUGCGUGCGGCGGUGGAAGCAAAGGAGGGAGAGGACUUGGAGACACAAUGCAGAUGCCAGGGGGACUGGGGCAACGUAGAGAGGGCAAUGGGCUUGUCUGGGCAGGAGCAGUCGGGGAGAGAAGCGGCGGGCUCUUGGUUACGGAAAAACAGAAAGCGGGGCGAUUUGGACGGCCGGAAGCAGGAGGGCGGAGAAGGGUCAAUGACCCUGAUCCAGGACUUUGGAUAGUUGCGUAUGCUGUGCCUGCAGCUCUCACACUGGUUGUCAGCCUUAAUCCACCAAUUGCAGAUAACAUUGUAUGGAGGAGUCUAUCUGAUCUUCACUCAGCUGCUUGUGUUGUGGGCUCUGCCAUUUUGGGGUACACUUUGUUGGCGAGUGCUCAGAAGAACAUCUUGCAUGAGGAAGAAGGCAGGGAGUUAUCUGGUCUAGUGAUUAUUACAGUCUGGAUGAGCCUGUGUCGUGGUUCAGCAAAAAAUACCCUGGGUGGCGCUCGCCUGGCUAUUGCAAUUUUUCUCUCGCUUUUCCCCUUUGUAAUGUGGCUGUACAUCUACAUGAAUGCAGAGAUGCGGGCAUCCUGGCCAUCUCACUGUAAAACUGUUAUUUAAGGUGAAACAAACCAAUACAGAGUUCUGGCGCUCA